UCAUUCGCAUUGUAAUUGAUAUUUUUAGUUGGAUUCGUGUUGUUUUUGGGUCGCGUAAACAUACGUGUACCUACUCUUCUGACAGUAAGUUAGUCGGGAUGUCAGCGCGAACAGUGCAUGUUAGCUGAGUUAAACGUGUUAUGAGCAUUUACUGUUAUCUGUUUAAAGAUUUGAAUAAAUUUAGUUUACGAUGCAAUCGGAAUUGAGAUCGGUUAGCACUAGACGUGAUAACGUGCCCAGCCAUUGUGAUACGGGUAUGACUUGCGCUAUCACGAUACAAAUGCCCAAUCCUGAAGCUACCGGCUGCGUGGAGAAAUUUGCUACAUUCUUUUCAUUCCUUCUAGUCAUUGUCACCUUCCCGUUUUCACUGUUCGAAUGUUUCAAGGUAGUACAAGAGUUCGAACGGGCCGUUAUAUUUCGUCUAGGGCGUUUAAGGAGUGGCGGCGUCCGAGGUCCAGGGCUUUUCUUUGUGUUGCCGUGUGUCGAUACAUACAGGAAAGUGGAUUUACGAACAGUGUCGUUUGAUGUGCCACCUCAAGAGGUGCUCACAAGAGAUUCCGUUACUGUAGCAGUAGAUGCUGUGGUCUACUACAGAAUAAAAGAGCCUUUGAAUGCCGUUAUUAGGGUUGCUGAUUACAGUGCCUCUACCAGGCUCCUCGCCGCCACAACUCUACGCAACGUGCUCGGAAUGAGAGACUUGGCUCAACUGCUCUCCGACCGUGAAGCCAUCAGUCACAUGAUGCAAACAAAUCUGGACGUAGCCACGGACCCUUGGGGAGUUGAAGUGGAGAGGGUUGAGAUCAAAGAUGUCAGAUUACCCGUGCAGUUGCAAAGAGCAAUGGCGGCUGAAGCCGAGGCGGACCGGGAGGCUCGCGCUAAGAUCAUUGCCGCUGAAGGUGAAAUAAAGGCUUCAAAAGCUCUAAGAGAAGCUUCACUUGUCAUGAUUGACAACCCUACAGCUCUGCAGUUACGCUACCUGCAAUCACUGAACACGAUAUCAGCGGAAAAGAACUCAACAAUAAUCUUUCCGUUCCCAAUGGACUUCCUGAAAACUUUCCUGAGUGGAGGAGGAGCGGGCCCCAGCAUACCACCGCCACCACUUCCUAUCUAAAUAAAUAUUUUAAGUUCUU